UUACUUCUUUACACAACUCAUCCCACAUGGUAUACUGCAAAACCUCACAAGCACUAUAUAAACCCCUGUCCUUCACAACUAUAGCUCACACUCACACUCUCCUCUUAAGCCCUAGUAGCUAAUUAACUAGUAUUUGCAACAAAACACUAGCUAUAUUACUACAAAGAGUUUACCUAAAAUGGCUUCCAAAACUUGUUCCUCCCUUGCAAUUUUCCUCACAAUCAACAUUCUCUUCUUUACACUUGUUUCAUCUUGUGGAACUUGCGGCUCCGGCCCAUACCCAAACCCAAACCCUAAGCCAAAGCAUACUCCAAGCCCAAACCCCUCAGGUGGCUCGAGUCAUUCUGGUGGCUCGAGUCCGGGAGGCUCUAGUCCUUCAGGAGGUUCAUAUCCCUCAGGUCCUUCCGGCCCUUCAGGCGGGGGUAGCACCGUCUCGUGCCCGCGUGAUGCACUCAAACUCGGCGUAUGUGCCAAUGUCCUAAAUGGUUUGCUGAAUCUAACUUUGGGCCAGCCACCAGUGACACCAUGUUGCUCCCUUCUAAAUGGCCUUGUUGAUCUUGAGGCUGCAGUGUGUCUUUGCACUGCCCUUAGAGCUAACAUUUUGGGGAUAAAUCUCAACCUUCCUAUCUCACUUAGCUUACUUCUCAAUGUUUGUUCAAAAGAAGCACCACGUGAUUUCCAAUGCUACUAAUUAGUUCUUCAUCAUCAUCACCAUCAAGAUCAUAUCUACAAAGUAUCUACUUUAUUUGCUUAUUCGUUUUAAAGUUUCGUUGUUUAUUCUAAAUUAUCCAUUUGAUCUCUCAGUUUGAGAGAUUUGUUCAUUGCAUGGAGGAUUAACCUCUCGUUAUAUCAUUCAUUGGAUUCAGUUUUUGUUUUUAUAUCCGUCCAGAUUGUUAUGAUGAAUAUAUAAUUCCCGAUGCAAUUUGCUAGGGAAAUAUUUAAGAUGAUUA